CGGCAAUACUCUUGCUCGCUCGCGCUAGUUGCUGCCUGCAGUUUCACGCGCAGAUUACCAUCACUAUAUUAUACAUAUAUAUGCCUGUCAACAACAGCGCUGCCACUCUUUUCCUCUCACUCGUCCGUUCAGGUUAAACACGUCGCAUAUACAGAUUUUAUUUUGUGUUUUAUUCAACAUAAGAUUUAUUUAUUUUUGGUCGUUAGAAGCUGCGUUGUGAAGAAAAUCGCGUUUGUUGUGCGUGUAAGGGCAGUUUGGAUUCUCAGCAAUGGCGACAGCUGCGGUUUCUGCCCCUGCUGGCGGCGGCCCCAACCCCGGAUCCGGUGCCGAGAUGGUCCGCGGUCAAGCUUUCGAUGUCGGGCCGCGAUACAGUAACCUCUCGUACAUCGGAGAGGGUGCAUAUGGCAUGGUUUGCUCAGCGCACGAUCGUGAUAAGAAAGUGCGUGUGGCAAUAAAGAAGAUCAGUCCAUUCGAGCACCAGACAUACUGUCAGCGCACACUCCGCGAGAUUAAAAUCCUACUCCGCUUCAAGCAUGAGAACAUCAUCAGCAUCAACGACAUCAUCCGCACCCCCACCAUCGACCAGAUGAAAGAUGUCUACAUUGUACAGGAUCUGAUGGAGACAGACUUGUACAAGCUUUUGAAGACGCAGCACUUGAGCAAUGACCACAUCUGUUACUUCCUGUACCAGAUCUUGCGUGGCCUCAAGUACAUCCACUCUGCAAACGUUCUCCACCGAGAUUUGAAGCCAUCUAACCUGUUGCUCAACACUACCUGCGACCUCAAGAUCUGUGAUUUUGGGCUUGCCCGAGUGGCUGAUCCAGACCAUGACCAUACUGGAUUCCUGACAGAGUAUGUAGCCACACGUUGGUACCGUGCACCAGAGAUUAUGCUCAACUCUAAGGGAUACACUAAGUCCAUUGAUAUAUGGUCGGUGGGUUGUAUUCUGGCUGAGAUGCUUUCAAAUAGACCCAUCUUCCCUGGGAAACACUACCUGGACCAACUAAACCACAUCUUAGGUAUUUUGGGUUCUCCCUCUCAGGAAGAUCUCAACUGCAUCAUCAACAUUAAGGCAAGAAAUUACCUGCUGUCAUUGCCUCUGCGCUGCAAAGUGCCCUGGAACCGCCUCUUUCCUAACGCAGACCCUAAAGCAUUGGAUCUGUUGGAUAAGAUGUUGACCUUUAACCCUCAUAAGCGGAUUGAGGUGGAAGAGGCGCUGGCUCAUUCCUACCUGGAGCAGUACUAUGACCCUACAGAUGAGCCUGUCGCUGAGGCUCCAUUUAAGUUUGAUAUGGAGCUGGAUGACUUGCCCAAAGAGACUUUGAAAGAGCUGAUCUUUGAAGAAACUGCACGCUUUCAACCAUGCUACAGACCAUAGCCUUCUGCAUAGGUGUUGAUCUGGAUUCAGUCGUGCUGAUGCUUCUGUCUCCACUCCACUGUGCGCUGUGGUCCUCUUUUGGUCUUCAUCGCCAUCGUCAUCAUCAUCAUCAUCUUUCUCCAACUAAACCCCAAAACUACAGGCAACCCUCAAAGUUCAUCCAGUCUGCAGCAGGAAACAUGGGCUCCUGCUCCUUUCCUGCUUUCUUACACUUAUUUACUCUAACUCUUUCAGUCUCUUAACACUCCAAUUAUAAUGGAAGAAGAGUGCAGAGCUUCUCUUACACCCUUACACUAACUUAUUCUUCUCUUUCUGCUUAUUUGCAAAUCUACCUGCGUAUGUGGAGAUUAUGGAUCUGAUCUGACCUAUAUAGUCAAGCUUUUGAUUCAGAUUAUGGUAAUCCUUUUUGUCUUGGUCAGCCCUCUUUUACACUUAAGUAAAAAAAAAAAUCAUAUGAUUGUUAUUGUUGUGCUUCUUUCUAGCCUCCGUUAAUAUUUCCAACGAGCUGCUUUUCUCUAAGGUGUCUGUAAGCCAUUUUUAAGUCCCACAGAGGCCAAACUGAAGACAGGUAUAAAAUGAGGGCUUUGAUCUCCUUGAUUCUUAUAUAUAGGCAGUGUUCAUGAAUUUAUCCACUUUGUGCAUCGCCAAUCUCCUCAAGGUGCACAAAGAUGGAAUUUGCCAAGAUGCCAUUUGAGGGCUUUAAUAAACUGAGAAAUGUAUUUUUAUAUACACAAAUCUGUAUUUGCUAUCUAUUUCCCUCAAAAUUGAUAAAAAUGUUUCCCCUUUAUUUCAUUUUAACUACAGUGCUGUGAAAAAGUAUUUGCCCCCUUCCUGGUUUCUUCUAUUUUUCAUACCAUAUUGUUUUAGAUCUUCAAAGGAGAUAACAUAAAACAAAGGCAACCUGAGUACACAAAUACAGUUUUCAAAUAUAUAUAUAUAUAUAUAUAUAUAUAUAUAUAUAUAUAUAUAUAUAUUUAUUGAGGCAAAAACAUUAUCCAACACCUAUAUCACCCAUGUGAAAAAUUAACUGCCACCUUAAACUUAAUAGCUGGUUGUGCCGCCUUUAGCAGCAACAACUGCAACCAAACGCUUCCGAUAUCUGGAGAUCAGUCUUUCACAAUGCUGUGGUGGAUUUUGGUCCAUUCUUCUUUGCAGAACUGCUUUAGUUCAGCCACAUUGGAGGGUUUUUGAGCAUGAACUACCCAUUUAAGGUCCUGCCAUGGCAUCUCAAUCGUGUUCAAGUCAGGACUUUGACUAGGCAACUCCAAAACUUUAAUUUAGCUUCUUUUGAGCCAUUCAGAGGUGGAUAUACUCCUAUGCUUUGCAUCAUUGUCUUGCUGCAUAAUCCAGUUGCACUUGAGCUUCAACUCACGGACUGAUGACCGGAUGUUCUCCUUUAGGAUUUUCUGGUAGAGAGCAGAAUUCAUGUUUCCCUCAAUUAUUGCAAGUCGCCCUGGCCCUGAAGUAGCAAAGCAUCCCCACCGCAUCACACUACCACCACCAUGCCUGAAAGUAGGAAUAAUAUUCUUUUUGUGGAAUUCUAUGUUUGAAUUACACCAGAUGUAACGGGACCCUUGUCUUCCAUACAGUUCCACUUUCGACUCAUCAGUCCACAGAACAUUCUCCCAAAAGGUUUGAGGAUCAUCAAGGUGUGUUUAGACAAAAUUUACACAAGUCUUAAUGAUGUUCUGGGUUAGCAGUGGUUUUCACCUCGCCACUUCCAUGGAUGGCAUUUUUGGCCAGUGUCUUUCUGAUAGUGGAGUCAUGAACGGUGACCUUCAUUGAUGUGAGUGAGGCCUGGAGUUCCUUGGAUAUUGUCCUUGGCUUUUUUGUGACUUCCUGGAUGAGUCGUCGCUAUGCUCUUGGAGGAAUUUUGGAAGGUUGACCACUUCUGGGAAGGUUCACUGCUGUGCCAAGUUUUCUCCAUUUGGAGAAAAUGGCUCUCACUGUGGUUCUUUGGAGUCCCAGAGCCUUUGAACUAGCUUUGUAACCCUUCCCAGACUGAUGUAUUUCAAUCACCUUUUUCCUCAUUAUUUCUGGAAUUUCUUUCGACCUUGGCAUAGUGUGCUAAUGGGUGAGACCUUUUAGCCAACUUCAUGGUGCUGAAAAAGGUCUAUUUAGGUGUUGAUUUGAUUGAACUGGGCUGGCAGUAAUCAGGUCUGGGUGUGUCUAGUCCAGCUGAACCCCAUUAUGAAUGCAAUUUCAUAGAUUUGGGGAUUUAGUAACUAUGGGGGACAAAUUCUUUUUCACACAGGCCCAGUUGGUAUUGGAUAAUUUUUUUUGCUUCAAUUACAUUAUGAUUUAAAAACUACAUUUUGUGUUUACUCAGACUGCCUUUGUUUUAUGUUAGAUUUUGUUUGAAUUUUUGACACAAUUUAGAAAUUGAGCAAAUACUUUUUCACAGCACUGUACCAUCCAUGAUGUGCCUUUAGGCAAUCAAGGUGUAUAUAUAUAUAUAUGUAAUGAUUAGCACCUACGCUUUGUACAUUGACUCUCAAUCAUAAACCCUUAAUCACUACAAGAUCACUUAUAGUUGUUUCACUUAUAAUCAUCUAUAUGAUCCAUAGAGAAGAGACUAAUCUGUUAAAAUUGCCUAUGCACCAAAGAAAAGACUGUUCUGAGGUAAUUUUGCCACCUUGGAAAAAAAUGUGUACUCUUGUCCAUAUAGUUAAAAAAAAAAGUUUACCUAAGCCCUCACAUUACCCACCAAAAAAUAAAUAAAAUGCAGGGGCCGCCUGUGUAAAAUUGCAGGCGUACAUAUAUCCCAAACUGAGUGUGUUUUAAUCUAGAGAUGCAUGCGAGUCCAUUUGGGAACUGGGCUCACUUUAGCUAGGUUUAGAGAACUUUGUUUUGUGGGAAUUGAGAACAAUCACAUUUUUCAGUGAUAAUUUUGAGUCUUAUACAAAAUAAUUUUAUUAUUUAAUGUCUAACAAAACAUACAGUGCCUCCUCCUCUGUAUUCAUUCUUUCCUUUUGUAUAUUUCAUUCUGUUUCUCUUUCGCUUUCUCUGCCUCCACCCUGCCCUAUACUGCCUUGUAUCAAUAAGACUGUGCCCUUUGCAUGACUGUUAAAAAGCUUUCUAUACAAAGAAAAUGGAAGUGCCACACAGCUGGGGAUUUUGCUAUUGGACUCUCAGGUUUUUGUUAUAUCCUAACUUCUGUGGUCUCAUAUUUCCUAUAUAGAGUAUUACAAGUACAAAAAGAGAAAAAAUACAUUUAUUUCGCUUGUACAUUUUGGUUGCACUUCUUUCAAAUCCAGGUUCCUUUCAGUGUUUUGACAAAAAUGCAUGAGAUUUGCUUUUUAGGAGUACUUAAAGGGAUAGGUCACCCAAAAAUUAAAAUUCUCUCAAUUUACUCACCCUCAUUCUAUCACAGAUGUGGAUGACUUUCUUUCUUCUGCAGAACACAUAUUAUGAUUUUUGGAAAAAUAUUUCAGCUCUGUAGGUCCAUACAGUGCAGGUGAAUGGGUGCCUAAAUGUUGACACUUCAAAAAGCACAUAAAGGCAUCAUAAAAGUAAUCCAUAUGACUCAAAUGUUUUAAUCCAUAUCUUUAGAAAUUAUAUGAUAGGUGUGGGUGAGUCCUGUUUUUGCUUGAAUUUCUUCUCCCUGCCCAGUAGAGUGCGGUAUGCAUGAAGAAUUUGAAUCACCAAAAACACAAGAAGAAUGUGAAAGUUAAAGUGGUGAAUUAACUGAGCAGGGAGGAGAAUUUAUAGUAAAAAAAGAACUUAAAUAUUGAUUGUUUCUCAGCCACAUCUAUUAUAUCAUUUUUGAAGACAUUGAUUUAAACACUGGAGUCUUAUGGAUUACUUUUAUGCUAACUUAUGUGAUGUUUGGAGCUUCAAAAUUGUGGCACCCAUUCACUUGCAUUGUAUAGACCAAAAGAGCUUAGAAAUUCUUCUAAAAAUCUUCGAGUUCAGCAGAUAUGAGAGAGUCAUACACAUCUGGGAUGGCAUAAGGGUGAGUAAAUUAUGAGAGAAUUUUCAUUUUUGGGUGAACUAUCCCUUUAAUAGGAUGGUUUACUCCAACAUGAAAAUUCAUCAUAUACUCACCCUCAUGCCAUACCAGAUGUGAAUGCUUGCUUCUGCUGAACACAAAUGAAGGUUUUUAGAAGAAUAUCUUAGCUCUGUAGGUCCAUAAAAUGCAAGUGAAUGGGUGCCAGAACUUUGAAUCUCCAAAAAGUAUAUAAAGGCAGCAUAAAAGUAAUCCAUAUGACUCCAGUGUUUAAAACCAUGUCUUCAGAAAUUAUAUGAUAGGUGUGGGUGAGAAACAGAUAAAUAUUUAAGUCCUUUUUUUACUAUAAAUUAUCCCCCCUGCCCAGUAGGUGAUGCUAUGCAUGAAGAAUGUGAAUUGCUAAAAACAAAAGACUCAUAGAAAAAAAGGACUUAAAUAUUUAUCUUUUUCUUACCCACAACUAUAAUAUCGCUUCUGAAGAUAUGGAUUAAACCACUGGAGUCGUAUGGAUUACUUUCAUGCUGCCUUUAUGUGGUUUAUGGACCUUGAAAGUUCUGGCACCCAUUCACUUGCAUUGUAUGGACCUACAGAGUUGAAAUAUUCUUCUAAAAAUCUGUGUGUUCUGCAGAAGAAGAAAAAAUGAUGCAUUUUCAUUUUUGGGUGAACUAUACCUAUAAUCAGCCAACUCAACCGGAAUGUCAGGUUUAUUCAUUUCAAGUGGAAAUUAGGAGCCUCUAGCCAUGUUAGGCAUUCACUAUAGGAAAUAUAACUUUUUGUAUUGUGCCAUUCAAUCACACAAUUAUGCUUUGCUGGUAAAUGAAUUAUAUGGUGCAUUGAGACCCUGAAGAAAAACCGCUAAAGUGUACCUGGCUUUUGCAUAAUUUUUUAACUGUUUGCACUUGUUUGAUUAGUGAGCAAGACAGCACUUGUAAAAUGGAGCUCAGUAGGAGUCAAUGGACAUGGUUAUGUUAUUGACACAGAUAUUUGCAUCAUUGUGCAUGGCUUGAACAAAAUGUUUCUUUCCCACACUGGCUUCCUCUUUGGUUCACCAGCCCUACUUUACUUUUGUGUAUCCGACAAGGUGCCACCUAGUGGUGUCUUUGCAUAGUACAAGAUGUUGGUUGAUCAAGGAGAGAACGGGCUAUCCUCAAAAAAAAUUUUUUUUUUAAAAAAGAAGAAACUGCAAAACUCUUGUAAGAUAGCUUCUGCCGAAUCAGUGUGCAGCCUGUCUGUUUCUGUGUGCCUUUAUGCGUCAUGAAUAACAAUUUAUCAUACAGCUUUUUGUUGGGGAUCGGUUGUGACUUUUUUGCGGUAUAUUCAUAAUUUUAUAUAUAUAUAUAUAUAUAUAUAUAUAUAUAUAUAUAUAUAUAUAUAUAUAUAAUAAAACAGUGAAAAAAACUAUUCUCUUUCUGUAAUUUUAAGUCCUAUUUGUCACAGCUUUUGUGAUUGUUGUGAUUGUUUGAGGAAGAACAAUUAUACGGGCCUUUUAUUUACCCCCAUUUCUGGUUUAACCCCGUUGCACUUGCUCCAGUUAUUGAACGUUUUGUGACUUGUUUUUUAUUGUAAAAAUGAAUGUCUAGUGAUUUAUUAAUAAUCUUGUAAAAAAAAAAAAAAAAAAAGCCUUUGUGUAUUAAUCUCCUUUGUUAGCAAUGGCAAACUUUUGUUGUGAAUUUCACUUGUAAGUUUCAAAGCCCCCAAGUUAUGGCCCUUGGUUGUGUUUUAUGCGGUGCCAGUAUAAUCACUGGGGAAAUGUACGAGUCCAAAAAAAUGUAUCAAUUAAAAUCUUUUUAAUCUAUUGGGGGAAAAACUGCAUUAUGUCUCAGAGGUUUGUCUUUACUACUGAAAAAGACGGCCAAUUUCAAGUACCGAUAUUGAUCUCUGCAUCUGCCAAGUAAUGUAACCAGAAACAGCCGAAUAAAACCAAUUGUAUUAUA